AUGUGCAUCUACACUGGCCUUGCCAACAUCCGCAAUCUAAGCACCGGCGUACAAUGGGCGUCUGUCGUCGUCCUGAUCCUCUUCCAAUUGGUGAACGGCGCCAGUUGGAUCUGGCUUGCAUUCCUCUACGCCGUCGAGAUCCUGCCACUCCAAUACCGCUCCCAAGUGCAAGCCUCGUCCAACACAGUCUAUUGGUUCCUCGCCUUCAUCGCGGCCUACUUCGGCGGGCAGGGCGCUGCGGAUCCUAAUGUGGGAGCGAAGGUGUACAUCACGUUUUGUAUCACUGGAGGGAUUAUUACUGUGCUGGCUUGGCUGUUUGUUGUUGAGACCAAGGAUCUCACCCUCGAAGAAAUCGACCUUCUCUGGGCUGAGCCAGAGUACAUUGCGAGCCGCCAGCAAAAUGUCACACGUGGCGUUCCGGUGACGGACAAGAAGGAAUUCGAUGUUGAGGUGACGACGGCUCCGACUGAUGAUAGUAAGGUCUGA